AUGUGUAUCAACACUAACGGCACACCCAGUGCAUUACUAAUGGCGAUACAGAAAUCGACGAGCGCCUUGAUGAUGAUUUACACUCUUGAAAUUAAGGCCUGUUCGCUGUCACCAGCGCUGUCAACGGCAGGCUAUACCACUCAAGUUAUUUCUGUGCCAGUCUUCACACCUUUAAAUUUUAUGUAUCAAUAUGCGCUUUUGGAAAAGUUUCCCAAUAUAUGCUGUACAAAUGAAAAGGAAGGUUGCGAGAUUGGUCGUUUACAAUUACUUCGCUUGACUCUGGUGCAAAAACCAUUGAAUUAA